GCAUGAACAAAUCUUUUUGAAAGCAACUUUAGCAGAGUUUCGCAGAGCAGGAGUUGAGGAGGCAACAGUUCAACAGUCCCUCAGAGACACAACCCUCUGAAAUUCAUGAACCAGCAUGCUUGGCAGAAGACCUAAAAAAAGCCCUCAGGCAAAGGGCCAGGGAGCUGCAGUUGCAAAGCAGCUGGGGCUGUUUGUAGAUUUCAAUCCUGAAGAGAUGCUCUUGGGUGCAGAAGAAGGUGGGGAUGAUGGGGACCUAGAAGCAGAGCUUGCUGCUCUCACGGGAGCAAAGCUGAAAGAAGGGAAAUCAAAACCAAAAGGGAAAACUCCUCUGCCCAUGGAUCAUAUUGAAAAGAUGGCUGCAGAGUGUAUGAAGGACCUGAAUGAAGAUGAGGAGGAAGAAGCAGAUGAUGAAGACUUGGAGAAAGAUACAGAUCUGUUGGCAGAAUUGCAAGAAGUUCUGGGGGUGGAAGGUGAGACAGGAAGCUGUGAGGACGAAAUGAUAGCAAUGGAGCCAUCCACAGCUGAACCAGAAAAUGAGCAACCUGAACAGCAACCACAGACCACCUCACUUCCUGCUGUUACCAGUGAGCUGCAACAGACAAUAGAGAAGAGAGUUGCUAACUAUAGGACAGCAAUUUCUAACGCUAAGGAGUUGGGUGAGAGUGCCAAAAUACGCCGAUACGAAAGAGGCCUUAAGACACUGGAAACCAUGCUGGCUGCAGUGAAGAAAGGCAAAAAAAUCAAUGAAGAAGAAAUGCCACCUCCUGUUGCAACAGGAAAGAGUUCUUCUCACUUAUCUCAAGCCACGGGAGUGGAGCUAGAGAAUUCAGGAGAUUCAGUCAGUGUCCUACCAAAGAAUAAAGCUGAGACUUUUGCAGAUGAUGAGGCAGUGCAGCAUCUGGAAUCAGAGUCUCUACAGGGUCAUGCUGCUUCUAGUCCUAUUGUGGAAACAGAUCUCCAGAGCAGCAGCACACGAGCAAUGCUACUUAUGAGGCAGAAGGAGUAUAAAUUAGCAGCUCUAAAAGCCAAGCAGCAAGGGGACCUGGAGAAAGCGAAGGAAUACAUGAGGGAAGGCAAGAAAUUUAAUGUAGUCUUGGAAGCUUUGGAUAGUGGGCAGCCGAUAGACCUCCAGAAUAUGCCUCCAUCUCUUCAGGAUCUUGAAAGCCUAGGAAACGCACAAGAUCCAUCCAAGCAAAAGGUACCAGCUCCAGUGGGAAGUUCCCAGGAUCUUACAGCACCUGAACCUCAGACCCAAGAAGCUUCAGCUUCCCUGCAGCAGCCGAAAACAGUACUGGAAGCAUUGCAGCAAAGGCUUGAGAAGUACAAGUCAGCAGCAGCACAGGCUAAAGCAAGCGGGGAUGACCGGAAAGGCAGGAUGCACGAGAGGAUAGCCAAGCAAUACCAGGAUGCUAUAAGAGCCCAUAAAGCAGGGAGAAAUGUGAACUUUUCUGAGCUACCUGUUCCUCCUGGAUUUCCCCCUCUUCCUGGUGUUGCAGCAACAGAUGGCGACAGCACAAUAGCUGCUGUUCUGGAAAGCGCCAGUAAGUUGGCAAACAUGGAGGAGAAUGAUGAAGAGGAAGAGAAUGAACCUCUGACACAGGCCCCAGUUGCCAAGAAGCCUGCUCAGCUGCCUGGAAAGCCGACUCAAGUUGUUAAGCCAAUUACAGUGCCAUCUGCUGCAGCUGAGGAGGAGAGCUCUCCUGAGCACGUGAAACGGGCUGCAUCACCCUCCACCCUGGACAAGGCAGAGUCAAUGGAUCAUCUCCCUCUAGCUGCUAGGGAACAGCUGGAAUUUCUGGAGAACAGAAAGAAGCAAUACAUGAAGGCAGCCGUCAAAGCAAAGAAGGAAAAUAACCUUGAACAGGCUAAGAUGUAUCUCCGAACAGCUAAGACCUUUGGCCUAAAGAUUGAGCAAGUAAAGUGUGGCAAACCUGUUGAUAUUUCCAAGCUGCCAUCACCCCCUACAGACGAUGAGGGUGAUUUUAUCUUCAUACACCAUGAUGAUGUCAGACUGUCUCAGAAAGCAGAUGAAGUAUAUGCACAGCUCAUAAAAUUGCUGAAGGACCAACAUGAGAGGUGUUUGCAGUAUUCCAAGCAAUUCAUGCAUCUGGGAAAUGUAGCAGAAACGACUCGGUUUGAGAAACUGGCACAAGGUUGUAAAAAGGACAUGGACAUCCUACAGCUUGCACGAGCUCAAGGAAUGGAUCCUCCAAGCCAUCACUUUGAGGAAAGAACCUUUAAAAUGAUAAGGAUAUUUUCUGAGCUCAACAGCACAGAAAUGCACCUUCUUAUUGUCAGGGGAAUAAACCUACCAGCUCCACCAGGUGUAUCGCCAAGAGAUUUGGAUGCAUUUGUGAAGUUUGAAUUUCAGUACCCGAGUGCGGAGCAACCUCAAAAGAGUAAAACACCUGUAAUUAACAAUAACAAUUCUCCAGAAUAUAAUCAGUUGUUUAAGUUGAACAUCAACCGAAACCACAGAGGUUUCCGACGAGCAAUUCGGUCCAAAGGAAUUAAAUUUGAAGUAUUUCAUAAAGGCAGGUCCUUUUUCAGAAGUGACAAGCAGGUGGGGACGGCACACUUAAAACUGGACAAGCUGGAAUCGGAAUGUGAAGUUAGAGAGAUCAUUGAGAUUUUUGAUGGCAGAAAGCCCACUGGAGGGAAACUGGAGGUAAAAGUGAGACUCAGGGAGCCCCUCAGUGGUCAAGAUCUUCAAACAAUUACAGAAAAUUGGUUGGUCCUGGAACAUUAGUUCUGUCUGAGAUCCAUUGGAACCUUAAAAGAUGCGGGAUGAACGUACGUGGAAAGAUGCUGCUAGCUGCAAGCACCAAAGAUGUUAAAUGAAUGCACUACUGAACCUAAUGUCUAUUUUGAUAACAGCCAUAAUGCUUAUCAAUAACUUAAAGGCAAAUGUAAGGCUCUGGAGAUUUGCUGCUGCAGGGGAUUGUUUUGUCUAUACAAAAUAGACAGAAUUGCCUUAACGUGGGACUACUAAUGUAGCACCAGGAUGAAUGUUACAUUAACUAUGCAUAGCGGUGUGGGAAAAGUUUAGCCCCUUACAAAUUCCCUGAGGCAGUGCAACAACUUUUCAGUCAAGUCACAGGUAAGACCUUUGCUAGAGUUCAUUUUUUCAAGCGUCGGAGCAGCCAGUGUGGUCCAGUGAACAGCCUGCUACGGCUUUUUCUGUUCUCUCUUAUCAAGGCCUGCUUGGGGUGUUUUUUGUUUCCUAAAAUAGAGGAGAGCGAACUUGGGCAGCAACCUAGUGGCGGUGUGUCCCUCCUCUGCAUGCCAUUGCAGCAGAAGUUCAAUGGGAUGUUGCCUUUCAGAAGAAAAGAAUGUGAGACUUCUCAGCAGCAGGUGUUUCCAGAUAGACAUUUUUGUUCUGGCUACCAGUUGUCUGCCGUGCUUGCUGCACUGCUUGUUCAGUGCAGCCUGGGUACUGUGCCUUCAUCCUUUUUCUUUCUUUCUUUGUUUUUUUUGUUUAAAUUUAAAAAAGGAGG